AUGCAUAAUCGAAGUGGCGGUGGAGAGAGAAAGAGAAAGAGAAAGAGAGAGAGAGAGAUAAAGCGCGUGAAUGCGAUCGAAUUGGUGUUAGGCAUCGAUCAUAUGCAAGCAAGAAUCUCCGGCGAGUUGCGUUGGAUUUUGAUUGAAAGAUUAAGAUUAUGAUAUUGUUUGAGAAGCUUCGUUUCUCUUCCUAUCUCAGCCGCUUCAUUGCCGGCAUUCUUCUCUUGAUCUUUUGCAAUUCCUUUCAGUUAGUCUCCAAUUUCCCCAUUCCUAUACACCCUUGAAGCUUUCCGUUCUCUUAGGUUUUCUUUCAUCCCUCUCUCUCUCUCUCUAUUGUCUCUCUUCAUGGAUCCUAAACGUUUCUUCUGCACGAAUUUUCUCGACGACACUAUUGCAUCACGACGCAUUGAAAGCCAACACAGACAUCUCCCUUCAGUUAUUGUAAUUGGUGCUGGAAUAUCUGGAAUUGCUGCAGCACGAAGUCUCUAUGAUGCAUCUUUUAAGGUAACUAUACUGGAGUCACGGGAUAGGCUUGGUGGUCGCAUUCAGACUGACUACUCAUUUGGUUGUCCAGUUGACAUGGGAGCCUCAUGGCUACAUGGAGUUUGUAAUGAGAAUCCAUUGGCUCCAUUGAUACGUGGCCUGGGGCUUACAUUGUAUCGUACCAGUGGUGACAACUCUGUCUUGUAUGACCAUGAUUUGGAAAGUUAUAUGCUGUUUAACAUCAACGGUAAUCAAGUUCCUCAACAGAUGGUCAUUGAAGUUGGAGACACUUUUAAGAAAAUUCUGGAAGAGACAGGGAAAGUGAGGGAUGAGCAUCCUGAGGACAUUUCAGUUUCCCAAGCGAUUUCAAUUGUGCUGGGCAGGCAUCCAGAACUAAGGCAACAAGGACUUGCCCAUGAAGUGCUGCAAUGGUAUAUAUGUAGAAUGGAAGCUUGGUUUGCUGCUGAUGCUGAUAUGAUUUCACUGAACACGUGGGAUCAGGAACACGUCCUCUCUGGAGGUCACGGACUCAUGGUGCAAGGAUAUGAUCCUGUUAUAAAAGCUCUUGCAAAAGAUAUUGAUAUACGCUUAAACCACAGGGUGACAAAGAUAUCCAGUGGUUACAAUAAGGUAAUGGUUACGGUUGAGGAUGGCAGGAACUUUGUUGCUGAUGCUGCUAUAAUAACUGUUCCUCUUGGAGUCCUAAAAGCCAAUUUAAUUGAAUUUGAACCAAAACUUCCCGAGUGGAAAGUUUCUGCAAUUUCAGAUCUUGGUGUGGGCAAUGAAAAUAAGAUUGCCCUAAGAUUUGAUAAAGUGUUUUGGCCUAAUGUAGAACUCCUGGGCAUUGUUGCUCCAACCUCUUAUGCCUGUGGUUAUUUUCUCAAUCUACAUAAAGCAACAGGCCAUCCAGUUCUUGUCUAUAUGGCAGCAGGAAGGUUUGCUUAUGACCUUGAGAAGCUAUCUGAUGAGUCAGCUGCAAAGUUUGUAAUGCUACAGCUCAAGAAGAUGUUUCCUGAUGCUUCAGAGCCAGUUCAAUAUCUCGUGUCACGUUGGGGAACAGAUCCAAACUCUCUUGGUUGUUACUCAUAUGAUUUAGUUGGAAAACCUAAUGAUGUGUAUGACAAGCUUCGCGCACCCUUGGGUAACCUAUUCUUUGGUGGGGAAGCUGUAAGCUUGGACAACCAGGGAUCCGUGCAUGGAGCUUACUCUGCUGGAGUUAUGGCUUCUGAAAAUUGUCAGAGAUAUCUUUUAGAGAAACAAGGUCAGCUGGAAAAGCUGCCUCUAGUUUCUGUUAGGCAUCAAAUACUUGAAACUCUUAUACCUCUUCAGAUCUCGAGGAUGUGAUUUGUGCUUAGUUGUUUUUCAAAAAAUGAACAUUUAUUUAAAUUUGCAUAACAUAAUGGCAAAAUAUUAGCAAUUUGGAGGAUCGUGAUUAUCUUACGAAUAACACUAUUUCCUCUUAUUCAGACUGGAGUAGAACAGCUUUUUGUCUAAGUUAUCUUUAAUACCCCAUUAAUUGACCUUUUAUAUUUUAAAUUUACUUAAGAUCGCUGACUUU